AUGGAGAUGGGCCGAUCGGGAAAUGGUGGCGGCAGGGUGGUCACCUUCGACGACGCCAUCAGCGGGAGGCGCCGGAACGGCAGCAGCUCCUUGUCGUCGUACCUUGACAUGGGCCGGGACGCCGACGGUGGCCGCGCGACGCCGCGGCCGUUGCCGGCGCAUGCCAUGGCGAGCCGUCGGCACACGUACGCCGACGGCGAGCUCGACGUGUUCGCCGCCGAGCGCUACUUCAGAGGCGCAAUGGACGGCGACGGGGACCGCAAGGAAGGUUUCAGUGUCACCACCCCCGCGGUAGCGGUGCAGGUGCAGCAGGCCUUGGUGGAGACGGCCGCUGCGAGGCCGGCGGCGGAUCCGGAGGCCGUGGUAUUGGCUAAGCCGUCCUCGACGCGCGCGUCGACGGUGCUGCGUCCAGGUCGGUGUGCUCAUGCGCACGUGCUCCGGGAAGCGGUCGGUGCGCGUGGACGACGGCUGCGCGGCCAAGGAAGCCCCGACGACGCCGAGCCGGCGGCGGCGACCGGGAUGGACUGGUACAGAGAGCUGAGGAUGCACAAGGCCGCCCUCGGGCUCUCCGGGGAUGGCAAUACCAAUGGCCAUGGCUUGGUGGCCGCCGGUCUCCCGCCAAGCUUGAAUCUUGGGACGGCGAAAGUGGCAGCCAUCGGGAGGCAGGUGACGACAGGAGAGGAGAAGGAGGCCGCUGAGCUCACCUUCUCAAGUUCUACGAGUAGGAGAAGCAACUUUACUCUUGUGGCUCCGGUCAGAGCCAACGUGCCGGCGAGCGGCGGCCGCGUCGGCGAGCCAGGUGGCGGAGCAGGUAAAGUUGGCCGUGGCGGUGGCGGUGGCGCGCACCAUCUCCACGACAACGACGACGACGACGACGCCGGGAGCGAGUCGAGCUCCGACCUGUUCGAGAUCAAGAGCCUGAUGAUCGGCGACUGCCCCUACGAGCCGAGCGAGGCGAGCAUCCAGUGGAGCGUGGUGACCGCGGACGCAUCGGAGCGCGGCGACCGCGUCCCCGCCAGAUGGGUCGGCGGCGGCGCGAGGGGUCCUCCUGUCGCCGGAAGGCAGCUGCGGGGGCACCGGCCGGCCGGGAUUCUGGCGGGGUGCGCCAGCCACAGGGCCGUCGACGUGUCGGUGGCGACGACAAAGGCCGUGCCAAAUGCGUCCGCCGCCGUGGUGGCGAUGCAGCAGCGGCGCAGUGAAGGAUUUCACAAGGCACGGAAUGGCGCCUGA